UCUGGUACUUCUGUUUAUAGCGAUAGCAUUAAUUUUACAGUUUCAGAAGUAACAGUUAGUUGGGAAUGGUGCACCACUCAACCACUGUUUGCUCGACCACACUACCAAUAGUGCUAACGUUUAGUCACUGCGUCUUACACCCAGCGUCACAACGACCGUUGCGUGUUCAUUGCUAGAGGGAUUGUACACGGAUGCUGGACUCGUGAUUUGGCCUUGCUUUCUUUGUCCUGUACCCGGUACGUUCCAUGGUGGCUUUAUGCUAGAAGGGAUGUGCUGCUGCACGUUGUCGUUUCCUUGCCAAACACCCUCCCGCGAUCGCUAGCUUUUGGACUCGGCGUGAUGUCGUGCAGCCAUUCAGAAACCUCAUCUGAGAUGGAUGAGCUUGAUAACCCCUACGCUAGACAGCCAGUCGCUGCACGUGGUAGAAACAGCAACAGCAGCAGUGGUGCAGAGUCACAACCGCAGACAAGCGCAGCAGCAGCAGCAACGCAGGGGCCGUCUAGUUCUGCUCAGCCUGAUCAUGGAGGCUACGACGCGCACUUUGACCCGCCGCUGGACAAGAAACUGGAGUGUCCGAUAUGCCUGUACGCGCUGCGAGAUCCGAUACAGACGACGUGCGGACAUCGCUUCUGCAAGUCCUGCAUUGAGCGCUCACUCCGUGCGGAAAGCAAAACAUGCCCGGUGGACAAGCGACAGCUCAGCAAAACAGAUAUCUACCCAGAUAACUGGUGCCGCCGAGAGGUGAUGUGCCUAACAUGCAAGUGUCGUCAUGUCCAGGAGGGUUGCACUUGGCAUGGGCAACUGAAAGAUUUCGAGGAUCAUGUUCAAAGCUCCUGUGAGUACAUGACCGUCGCCUGUCGGAACGACGGCUGCGAGGAGAAGGUAGCACGCAAGAACUUAUCCAGUCAUAUGAAGCAUGACUGCUUGUAUCGCAAAGUUGUCUGCCAAUACUGCGAUGAAUAUGUGGCAAUACUAGAGAUUGAGACUCACAACUCCGAGUGCGUCAAGUUUCCAGUCGCCUGUCCACAGGAGUGCGGCGAGGAAGUGCCGCGCUGUGAGCUUCCUGAGCACGUUGCACAGAUGUGUGAGUUGUCAGAGGUUGAAUGUCGACAUAGUGGAUGCACGUGGAAGGGUGUUCGAUCAGAGUACAGCACUCAUUGCGACGAGAGCAUGGUCGUUCACGUUGAGAUCUCCGCCGAGCGCCAGGAUCUUCAGGAUGGCAAUGUGGUGGAGGUCAGAGACAAUCUCAUGUCAGUGCAGACACAGCUGGAUGAUGUGCGUGAUAUCAUGCAGGCCAUGCAGUCAUCGGCCAAUGGCGACAGCAAGGCUAUGGAAUUGACGCGUAGCCUGGCUGAUAAGCUAGUGAACAUCUCCCGAGUCGUCGACCACACCGUGCUGCGGGUCAGCGACGUGGAGUCUCGCCUGAUUCAGCUGGAGAGGCGGGUGACGACGGACCGUGCGGCCUUCAACGUCUUGUCGGAGAAGUUUGAACGCAGCACCGUGUCAUUCCAUGAUCAAAUAACAACCCUGCUGACGUUAAUUGAAAAGCAGAAUGGCGGCGGGUUUGUAUCUCUGCCACAGUUGCCCGCUAUGCCACAGAUGCCGUCCCUACCAUCGGCCCCAGCUCCGACUAACGUUACUAGUCAUGUCACCACAGCUCCUAACCCAGCUGACCCGGCGGCCAGCUAUGACGGCACUAUGCUGUGGAAAGUGAAUGGGUGGAGAGAGCUACGCACCAAGGCAGUGGAUGGUAAACGUACCUCGGUGUACUCCAGCCCGUUCUACACGUCCAUACGGGGGUACAAAGUCCGUGUUCGUCUCUACCCCAACGGGGACGGCAUGGGAAGGUCGAAUAGCCUGUCGGUGUUUUUCACACUUUGCAGGGGAGAGUUUGAUGCUAUACUCACCUGGCCAUUCACAUCUAAGGUAACAUUCACAUUGCUUGACAGAGGCGGUACAGGUAUGGACCUCUCCGAGAGCUUUGUACCCGACUCCAACAGCUCGUCCUUCCACAAGCCCAAGUCUGACAUGAACAUUGCGUCCGGGUGUCCUCUGUUUGUGCCGCUGCAUCGCGUGAACGACGGCGGGUCGUAUGUGCAGAGUGAUUCCAUCUGGCUGAGAGUUGUAGUUGAGCCGAAAGCUGAUGGAUAGUGGAAUGUACAAGUAUUGGCUAUGCGGUUGGAUUCAUGGUUGAAUGCGAGUGCAUGAGUGAACACGCCUCAGCUUUAGUUAUCACGCAAAGAAUGCAUGCUGCUCGCUCUACUUAGCUGUGGACAAUACUAGCAAUGCCUGCCUGCAGACCUGGUGUCCCACAUUGAUCUUGUGACAUGGCCUCGUAACUAUUGAUGCUCCCUAAGCAUGAGCAGACGCAACCCAAGAUAAAAUUUCCUCCUUACUGUCUUCCGCGAAGGACGUGCAGGUGUGACUGUGGUAUUGUAUCCGGAUGGAGUAUUAUUCUUAUGUUGAUGACUUGCUGCGGGAAUUAGUUGAGCCUUUCUUUUUGUUUUCUAUUUGUAUACCUUUCUGCCAUGCUAUGCUGCUUUUCUGAACUGUGAAUGCUUCUAAAAGGGUAUGAUGUACAUAAUUAUAAUCUCAAAGUAUAUAUUAUUAAUUUUGUUGUUGUUGAGAACGACAUUAAUUUCGUCUUUUUGGCUCACGCAACUUUCUUCGAGCAUUUUUCCUCCUGAUAGUGCCUGCGUGUAUGCGUAUCGCAAAUUUGUACAUAGAGCAACUUAACGUUAUAAGAUACACUGCUUGUGCUAUAACUGUACACAUGUGCAUGAAUUGUAUAAGGGAAGAGAUCACAGGUAUCUAUCCUUUUUGGUGA